CGCCUGGCCAGGCGCUGGCAACAGCACUCCGGAGUCUGAGCUCCCACCCAGAGGCCACAAGGUCUCUCAACAGCCAGGACCGGUGGAAGGGCCGCCCUUUUUUUUUUUUUUUCCCGUAUUCUCCAUGGGAGCGGGAACAAAAAACGAAACCAAAACCUGCCUGCUCGGUCCACUCCCCACCCAGCGCGUUUCUCUGGCUGUGGGCUUCCUGCGGCCGCCGAGGGCGCGUUUCUGCUCUGACAUGGCAUCAGUUUUGAAUGUCAAGGAAUCCAAAGAUUCUGAAAGAACAGUUAUAGUUGCUGGUCUUCCAGUUGGCCUUUUUAUUGAUCAAUUAUUGGUCAUAUUAGUGAAGAAGCACUUCCAAGACAUUAAGAAUGAGGGUGGAGAUGUUGAAGAUGUGAUAUAUCCAACAAGAACCAAGGGAGUUGCAUAUGUAAUAUUCAAAGAAAAGAAAGUUGCAGAGAAUGUCAUCAGACAAAAGAAACACUGGCUAGCAAGGAAGGCUGGACACACUGAACUCACAGUCUCUCAUUUUAGUGACAAGAUCUUCAGCUCUGUAAAUGCCAUCCUUGAUCUUUCUGUUUUUGGGAAUGAAGUUACUCUAGAAACUCUGGUAAAGGACCUGAAAAAGAAAAUCCCCACUUUAAGCUUCAGUCCUUUGAAACCCAAUGGAAGAAUCACCGUGGAAGGAUCAUUUCUGGCUGUCAAGAGGCUCAAAGAAUCUUUGCUAGUAAGAGCAAGCUCUUUCUUAGAAAAAAACAGAAAUUUUACCAGUGAGGGAAGAAAGUGGAAUAGACGAAAUCCCCAAAAGAAUCUACAGAGAAGUAAUAACUAUUUGGUGUCAGUCAGGACCUUAGUACCUGAGACUGCUAGAAAUGGAGAGAUGCUUGUGCUUGACACAGACAUUUUUCUUUACCUGAAACACAGGUGUGAAUUUUAUGAAAGCACACUGAAAAAAUUCCACAUUCUUAGUGAGGAGAAAAUAGACGGUGAAAUCACCACCAUUUACUUAAAAAACUUUCAAGUUGGUUCUCAGCCAAAUAAUGCAAAACAUGUAAAAGAGCUCAUUGAGGAAUGGUCACAUGCUCUUCACUUAGAGCUUAGAAAAGAGACAUUUAUUUUGAAAGGAAAGGAAAAUAGAGAGAAAAGAAUGAUCAAAUCAGCAUGUGAACAAUUAAGUUCGAGAUACCGUGGAGUCCUGACGAGCUUUUAUAGGACACACAUUGACAUUAUAGGAUCUUCUUCUGACACUUACCUGUUUAAAAAAGGGGUCAUGAAAUUAAUAGGACAAAAGGUUAGUUAAUAAAAUCUUAGCAAUAUCGUGUUAAGGGCUGCUUUCUCUUGCUGAGCGGUGACCAUUGCCAUGAAUGAGGCUAGCUUUACACACCCUAUUUCAUUAAUCCUUAUGCUUGCUCAAACUUCCUUGUCAGUGUUAGCAAUCCUCAUGUUAUAGUGAAAUAAACUAAGAUUUGGAGAAGUUAAAACACUUUUCUGAAGUUAUCCAGUUGACAAGGAAUGAGGCUGGGGCUUAGCCUAUUCUAUCUGAUUACAAAGAUAAUAUCAAAGGAAUAAAACUUUGAAAAAAACUCACCAAACUUUGAAGGAAGCUUACUUUCUCUGUAACUCCAAAUGAUUAGAAAAUGAUAAUUAUUAAGAAGUAGCCUUAACAUAUGAGAAGUUUGAAAGAUGAUUAUUAUGCCAUGGGCAAAUUUUUUUUUUUUUUUGAGACGGAGUCUUGCUCUGUCGCCAGGCUGGAGUGCGGUGAUGCAAUCUCAGCUCACUGCAACCUCCGCCUUCUGGGUUCAAGUGAUUCUCCUGCCUUAGCCCCCUCAGUAGCUGGGAUUACAGGCAUGUGCCACCACGCCCAGCUAAUUUUUGUAUUUUUAGUACAGACGGGGUUUCACUAUGUUGGCCAUGAUGGUACUGAUCUCCUGACCUUGUGAUCUGCCCGUGUUGGUGUCCCAAAGUGCUGGGGAUACAGGUGUGAGCCACCGUGACUGGCCACCAUGGUCAAUUUUUUAACUUUUGCAGUUUGUGUUUACUCCAUGUAAAAUUAGAAUACUGGCAAAAAUCACUUGGGAAACUACUUAGAUGGAAAGCAUUUCUGAUGUACACAAUCAUUAUUUGACUAAAUUCUAUUGUUUCAAGGCUGCUGGCCACAUAGGAUGUUUUUGCUACUACUUAUUUAGCCCAAGUGUCUACAUAAAAUGUUAUUUCUUUUGUUAUAAUUCUGCAAGUUGAUCUUAUGAACUGGGUUAUUCUUGUCACACCCAACUAAAAUAGUCAAGAAGCUAGGGGGGAAAAAUACUUGGGACACAUAACAUUGCUUCAAGAAUGUAAUUCUCUGUGAGCCUGGCUACUGAAACUGCUUGCCGUAACCUGAGACCAGUUUUGUCUAUAGCUGCUGAGAUAACUUGCUGUAACUCUAGACUAAUUUUUCCCUACAGCCAUUGCCCACCAAUUGGAGCUUGCCAGCUCCUCAGAGCUUUACUGAUACCAAUGAACUUUCUCUUAAGGCCACAAGUAACAUUCUUCUUUUUAAAUAAAACCCUCAACCUUCUCUUUGUUCUUUGGACAUACUAAAGAUCACCUAGAAUUGAAAUUCUUUCUUCUGAAAUAAAACAUUUAAAUUUA